AUGGGCUCCAUCUACAACUCCCAGCUUGACGCCUUCGAGCUCUAUCAUCUCAUUCAAGAGCCUGCUCAUCACCGAUCGAGUCCCUCAUCCUCUACUGCGUCCGCGAUUCUUGACGCAUUAGGGCAUGCUGUGUCCGGCGCCCUGGGUGCGGCCGUCUCUAACGUCGCAAUCUAUCCACUCGAUCUCAUCAUCACCCGUCGGCAGAUCCAACGUCACCUGCGGAAAGCCCAGAGCGAAGCAUCUGAUGAAGAGUACAAGAGCUUUCAGGAUGCUGUGCGGAAGAUCUUGUCCAAGGACGGCUGGAAAGGCUUGUGGAGAGGUGUGGAACCUGAUACCAUUAAAACUAUGUUGGAUGUUGGUGGUUUUUUCCUAAUCUACUCAUUCUUACGGGCGAGGCUGAGACAUCGCCGGGGAGGACGCACUCUGAGCGGUGCGGAAGAGCUAGCUGUGGGCUGGAUUUCGGGCGCGGCUGUGAAGGCAGCCAUUAUGCCGUGCAGCGUGGUUGUGGCAAAGACGCAGACACGAGGCAUGGACUCGCCGAACGAGCAGGAGCAGAGCGGGAGCAGCAGCAUGACGGAUAUCGCGAGGGAGAUCUACGAUGAGAAGGGCUUGAAAGGGUUCUGGGCCGGGUACCAGGCUGCGAUGCUGCUGACGCUAAACCCGAGCUUGACGUUUGCGCUGCACGCCGUCUUGAGCAAGAGUCUGCCGCGGAGGCUGCGGGAGAAGCCGGGCGCAGUUACGACGUUUAUGCUGAGCGCGAGCAGCAAGGCCAUUGCGAGUGCGAUCAUGUACCCGUUCUCGCUGGCGAAGACGAGGCUGAUGGUUGGUGGGAAGAAAGAAGAGGAAUACGAGAAGGACGCGGAGAAUGAAGUUGAGGGGAGCGGCAAGAAACAGCAAGUUGAGAAAAAGCUGCUUCAUGAAACGCUUUUAAGCACAUUGCUCGGCAUCGUCGAGCACGAAGGUUACAGUGGGUUAUACGAGGGAUUGGAGCUGGAGGUCUACAAAGGUUUCCUCAGUCAUGGCAUCACGAUGGUGGUAAAGCAGGUCAUCCAGCGGCUUGUCAUCAAGCUGUGGUACUUCCUCGGCGUGUUGAUGCGGAGAUACAAGCGCAAGGUUGGGGCAGGACGACUUCGACAAAAGGCAAAGGAGAAUGUCGAGUAUUUCAAUCUAGCAAUGGCGAGGGCUGGAGAUAGGAUCGAGGACGGGGUCAAAGAGAGCGUCGAGUGGUCAAGAGAGAAAGCAAACGAGACUGCUGAAUUUGUACACGAGUAUGUGGAAGAGGAGACCGCAGAGUGGAGGAGCCUGUAUGGAGAGUUGGGUUUGAGCCGGUGGCUGUUGGGAGAUCGGAAGGACCCCGAAUGA